AUGAUAAAAAUUUCAUUUUCAUAAAUUAAUUCAUUAGAAAUUAGAAUAUUAAAUAAACAAAAUUAAUACUAUUAUGGGUAGCCAUAUAACAACAGUAAAAAUGAUUCCUUUAGAAAGAAUACAAGUCCUUUAUUAAAUGUGACUCUUUCUAAAUUAAGGGAUUAUCAUGCUUCAUUUAAAUCUAUAUGUGAUAACUUUUCAAUGGAUUUAUCAGAACUUGAACAUAUUUUUGGAGCUAGUGAAAGGGCUUUUGUUAUUUGGGAUACAGAUAAUAAUGGUUUAAUAGAUAGUUUAGAAUUAUUUAGUGGGAUUUGUAUUUUUAGUGAUACAAAAUUUGAUGAUAAGAUUCGAUGUAAAAAUCAUAUAUUUAUUUUAGUUCUCUUUGAUUUAUUUGAUUUUAAUGAAUUAGAAUCUUUAUCACCAACAGACAUAGAAUUCAUGAUUAAUUGUUGUAUGAGUGCAACUUUUUAAAAUAUAUACAAUCUAGUGUGAAAUUAAUAAUGAAGAAUUGACAGUUUUUGCUACUAAAUAUUUUGAAAAAGAAAAUAGAUUAACUGUUGUUGAAUUAAUUAAGUAUUUAUAUUUAAAAUAUUAAAAGAGCAUCUAAGAAUUCUCCUGAAGUUAAUGAUUUUUUCUAAAUUAUAAAAAAGGAUUUGAUCGAGAAAGCAGAUGAUAUUAAAAUUCAAUAACAGCAAUAGUAAUAAUAAUAGUUUUGA